AUGGACUACAACUACUAUGCGAGCUCCGAGAAGCCCUCGGAGCGCUCGAGAUGGACGCCCCUCACCCGCAUGCUUCUCUCUGGAGAGAUGACACAGGAGAAGCAAAAGGAUUUGACGACGCGCGAGCGCUUCGACCGUUGGAUGAUUAACGAAGGAUACCGAAGAGUCUUCGUCUUCGUGUUCCUGGUCCUCCACGGCCUAGUCUUUGCCUUUGCCACCGUCAACUUCGCCCUCAAGGACAACCUGCAAAUAGCACGAGACACCUUUGGCCCGACUUUCAUCAUCGCCCGUUCCGCCGCCCUGGUCCUCCACGUCGACGUCGCCCUGAUUCUCUUCCCCGUAUGCCGCACGCUCAUCUCUCUGGCCCGUCAGACACCCCUCAACGGAAUCAUCCAGUUCGACAAGAACAUCACCUUCCACAUCACCACUGCCUGGUCCAUUGUCUUCUUCUCCUGGGUCCACACCAUUGCCCACUGGAACAACUUUGCUCAGAUCGCCGCCAAGAACAACCUCGGAAUCUAUGGCUGGCUCCUGGCCAACUUCACCUCGGGCCCCGGCUGGACUGGCUAUGUCAUGCUGCUCGCGCUGAUGGGCAUGGUCAUGACCUCGGUCGAGAAGCCCAGACGUGCCAACUACGAGCGCUUCUGGUACACCCACCACAUGUUCAUCGUCUUCUUCUUCUUCUGGUCCAUCCACGGCGCCUUCUGCAUGAUUCAGCCCGACUUCGCGCCCUUCUGCACCAGCAUCGGCACCUCGGCCAUUGGUGUCUUCUGGCAGUACUGGAUGUACGGCGGAUUCGCCUACCUGGCCGAGCGUGUUGCCCGUGAGGUCCGCGGACGCCACAACACGUACAUCUCCAAGGUCAUCCAGCACCCCAGCAACGUCUGCGAGAUCCAGAUCAAGAAGGAGCACACCAAGACCAGGGCCGGACAGUACAUCUUCUUCUGCUGCCCUGCCGUCUCUCUGUGGCAGUACCACCCGUUCACUCUGACGAGCGCCCCCGAGGAGGACUACAUCUCCAUCCACAUGCGUGUUGUCGGUGACUUCACCCGCGGCGUCUCCACCGCUCUCGGCUGCGAAUGGGACAAGAAGAAGGACGGCAGCAAGGUUGUCGGUGUCAACAGCGACUCGAGCGAGGUCGACCCCGCCCUCCGCCGCGUUCUGCCCCGUGUCUACAUCGACGGACCCUUUGGAUCGGCUUCCGAGGACGUCUUCAAGUAUGAGAUUGCCGUCCUCUGCGGUGCCGGUAUCGGUGUCACGCCCUUCGCCUCCAUCCUCAAGUCCAUCUGGUACCGCAUGAACUACCCCCAGCAGAAGACGCGCCUCAGCAAGGUGUACUUCUUCUGGAUCUGCAGAGACUUUGGCUCCUUUGAGUGGUUCCGCUCCCUCCUCCUCGCCAUCGAGGCCCAGGACGUCGACAACCGCAUCGAGAUCCACACGUACCUGACGGCCAAGAUCAAGGCGGACGACGCGACCAACAUUAUGAUUAACGACGCAAACGCCGACAAGGACACCAUCACCGGUCUCCGUUCGCCGACCAACUUUGGCAGACCCAACUGGGACAUGAUCUUCAGAGGUAUCCGCAAGCUGCACUCGCCAGCCGAGGCCGGUGUCUUCUUCUGCGGUCCCAAGGGUCUGGGUAGCACGCUGCACAUCUAUUGUAAUAAGUACAGUGAACCUGGCUUCUCCUUCGUGUGGGGCAAGGAGAACUUCUAA